AUGGUCAUGCUUUGCUCUCUAGGAAUUCUCCUCAUUGCCAAGCCGGGCGGCAUGAGCGAGGCGCUGGGUGGCGGCAACGGAGUUUCGUUUGUGCUGGGACGACACGUAGCCAAACGGGGGCCCCCAAUUCUUUCAAUUUUGUUGAUGAUGUUUUUCGGCCUUCUCUCAUUCUUGCCUCUCGUUCUUAUCCUAUCACCAUUUCAGAUGAGCUUCUUUAGGGAGCUCGAGCCCACUCAGUGGGCUGCACUGUCAGUGUUGCCCUGUCUGGGCUUGGGGGCACAGCUCUGCCUCAUCACUGCGCUGGAAACUGAAUCUGCUGCGACGAUUGCUAUUGUUCAGAACCUUGAUGCUGUUUUCAGUUACACCUUUCAGGAGAUUCUAACAAACAGAGGGUGGCUCUUAGUGGAGACGGUGUCGCUUGUGCUGCUCUGGACGAUGGUCAUGCUUUGCUCUCUAGGAAUUCUCCUCAUUGCCAAGCCGGGCGGCAUGAGCGAGGCGCUGGGUGGCGGCACAACACCGGCGGAGAAUUCGGGGAGCGAAGUUCCAAUGAUUGACAAUCUGAACAAAGGAGGGGCUUUCAUUAUUCUCGUGGUUGGCGCUUUUCUGCACGGAGUUUCGUUUGUGCUGGGACGACACGUAGCCAAACGGGGGCCCCCAAUUCUUUCAAUUUUGUUGAUGAUGUUUUUCGGCCUUCUCUCAUUCUUGCCUCUCGUUCUUAUCCUAUCACCAUUUCAGAUGAGCUUCUUUAGGGAGCUCGAGCCCACUCAGUGGGCUGCACUGUCAGGUUUCAAUGUGGCCUCGUUAUCCGGGGCGAGUCUUAUAGUAUUUUCUGCAAUUGUUCUUGCUGCAUUUAAAAUAAGAAAGUCUUUGAUAGACGGAAAACGUCUCGCAGCAGCUGCAACUGAGGAGCUUGCAGAUUCACCAGAAGCGUUGCAGCAAGAUUCAACUGCAGCAGCAGCUGCUGCUGCUGUUACUGAUGCAGCAGCAUCACCUGAAGACGAGGUAAAGAGCUCCAUUGAUGCGAUGCAAACAGCUGAAGACCUGCACCAGCAGCUUGCUGUAGUGCGGGCAAGCAUCAACAACACCGACAGCAGCGGCAUCAGCAGCAGGCAGCAGGCAGACAGGGCACUGCAUCUUUGUUUCGCACACCUGAUGCAGCAGCAGCAGCAGCAGCAGCAGCAGCAGCAGCAGUGCCGCCGUCGUGAUGCUGUUGGUGCUGCACCAGCAGCACCCGGAAGAGAUGGAAAGAAGAGAGUGACUUUGUUGCGAGCCGCGUCUCCUACACAACACACGGGAGGCGACAAUGUCAUUUUAGACCCUGCUGCAGCAGCAGCAGCAGCAGCAACUGCUGCUGCCCCUGGUGUAGCAGCACCAGCAGCUGCUGCUGCCCGUGGUGUAGCAGUAGCAGCAGCUGCUGCUGCCCCUGGUGUAGCAGCAGCAGCAACUGCUGCUGCCCCUGGUGUAGCAGCAGCAGCAGCUGCUGCUGCCCGUGGUGUAGCAGUAGCAGCAGCUGCUGCUGCCCCUGGUGUAGCAGCAGCAGCAGCUGCGGAUGGCCCUGGCGUAGCAGUAGCACUGACUGCUGCUGUUCCUGCUGCAGCAGGAGGAGGUAUUGCCACUCCUGCAGCAGCAGUAGCACUACCACCAGCUGCUGCUGCUGCUGCUGCUGCUGCUGCUGCUGCUGUAGCAGUAGGAGCAACUGGUGCUGCUGCUGCUACUCCCCCUGAUGCAGGAGUUGAUGUGUGCCUGCAGCAGAGUGGUAGUAAGAAAGCUGCUGGCCGCAGAGAGCUGCUGAUGACAAAUAGCGAAACACUGUGA